CUCAUGCCCCUGGGUGGGCUGCUGUGGUGCUGCUGCUGCUGUGGCUGCUACUGCUGUGGAUUGUGCACCCCAGCUCCCCAGAUGUUGCGCCACCAGGGUCUCCUCAAGUGCCGCUGCCGAAUGCUCUUCAAUGAUCUGAAGGUUUUCUUACUGAGGCGCCCCCCUCCAGCGCCCCUGCCCAUGCACGGCGACCCCCAGUUCCCUGGUGUGGCGGCCAACAACAACACCCUGCCGGCUCUGGGUGCCGGGGGGUGGGCAGGCUGGAGGGGCCCUCGAGAAGCCGUGGGAAGGGAGACCCCUCCUCUGCCACCUCCACCACCUUUGCCUCCUUCUGUGGAAGAUAGCUGGGAUGGCCCAGCCACAGGGCCACCUGCCUCCCUGCUCAGCAGUGCUUCCUCCGAUGAAUUCUGUAAGGAGAAAGCUGAGGACAGCUACUCUCUAGGAAGUAGCUUGGACAGUGGCAUGAGGACUCCCCUCUGCCGCAUCUGUUUCCAGGGACCAGAACAGGGAGAGCUGCUAAGCCCUUGCCGCUGUGAUGGUUCAGUCAAAUGUACUCACCAGCCGUGUCUCAUCAAGUGGAUCAGUGAAAGGGGCUGCUGGAGCUGUGAGCUGUGUUACUACAAAUACCAUGUCAUCGCCAUAAGCACAAAGAAUCCUCUACAGUGGCAGGCCAUAUCCCUGACAGUCAUCGAGAAGGUUCAGAUUGCAGCUGCCAUCUUGGGUUCUCUCUUCCUCAUCGCCAGUAUCUCUUGGCUUAUUUGGUCGACCUUCAGUCCCUCAGCAAAAUGGCAACGCCAAGACCUCCUCUUUCAGAUCUGCUACGGGAUGUAUGGCUUCAUGGACGUGGUGUGCAUAGGUCUCAUCAUCCACGAAGGACCCUCGGUAUAUCGCAUCUUUAAGCGCUGGCAGGCUGUCAACCAGCAAUGGAAAGUGCUGAACUAUGACAAGACAAAGGACUUAGAGGAUCAAAAAUCAGGAGGCAGGACAAACCUACGGACUUCCUCAUCAACCCAAGCCAAUAUCCCCUCCACGGAAGAGGAGGCAGCCAGCCCCCCAGCCCGUGAGGAGGGCCCCAGCAGGGCCGCCAGCCAUCCCUCGGGCCCUGUGUCCCAACACCACUGUGCUUACACCAUUCUGCACAUCCUGAGUCACUUGAGACCUCAUGAACCGCGGAGCGCGCAGGGCAGCAGCCGAGAACUCGUCAUGAGAGUCACCACGGUGUGAAAGGAGGCCCGGAGGAAGACUGAGACCGCACACACCACACCGCAGGAAAGAGGCCGGGCCAGGAGGGGCCCAGGGAGCAGGGAUGGGAGGCAGAAGUCCAGUAGUGGGUGGUGGGCCUCGAGGGAGCCGGAGCAGAGGGAAGCAGAGGGAAGC